AUGGCUGCGGACAGCCGCCUGUCCCUGAAAGAUUUCGACUGUGCGAAACAUGUCGCCUACUUCAAGCAGCACGCGAAGAAGCUGCCAGAACCAUACAAGACCAUGGACACCAACAGACUGACGCUGCUUUAUUUCAGCGUUUCUGGGCUGGACUUACUGGGGAAGCUGGACGAGCUGGAUCGGGAGCAGACCAUCGAGUAUAUCUAUUCCUACCAGUCCCCGCUGCCGGACCAUGGCGGCUUCUACGGCUGCCCCCGCGUGGAUUUCCAAAGUGCAGAGACGGACAAGUGUAACAACCAGCCACACAUCGCCAACACCUACGUCGCACUUGUGAUGCUGAUCAUUCUUGGCGAUGAUCUCCGCCGUGUCAACCGAAGUUCGAUUGGCCAUUCAUUGCGGAAGUGGCAGCUGGAUGACGGAAGUUUCUGUUGUGUACACUGCAUUUCCAGCCUGGACAGCGAGAGUGACAUCCGCUUCGUCUACUGCGCGGCCGCGAUUUGCUAUAUCCUAGACCUCUGGCAUGCCAUUGACGUCGAGGCGAUGACCCGGUUUAUCUACGCCUCACAGUCCUAUGACGGUGCUUUUGGCAUGGGCCCAGGAGCCGAAUCGCAUGGAGGCUGCACCUACUGUGCGGUGGCAGCCUUGCGGAUGCUGGGGCGCCUUGCAGACCUUCCCAGCAAGGACCUCCUGGUGGACUGGUGUGUGCGAAGGCAGGUCUCUGGAUUCCAAGGGCGCAUUGAAAAGGAUCCUGACAGCUGCUACUCCUUCUGGGUGGGCGGCUCCAUGCAACUCUUGGGCGCACACUUCCUCGAGCCAGACGACUGCCUGCAGUUUCUGAAACGAUGCGAAUCGCAGC